CCGUGGGUAUCAUCGCAUACGCGCAUAAAUGUUGCUUGCAGGAAGGCAGACUGGGCAACUGGGAAGGUGACUGUCAAGAGCAGCGGAAAUGCGUUGCCAAGAUAAUCGAGCCUGGCAUCAAAAAUCGGAGAUGGAGUGUGGUUAACCAUUCCGCAGCUCCAGUGCAGUUUCAUGGAUGCAUGUCUUCCAUGCCUCAACACUCGUCUGUGUAGGUCGCAGCAUCUCUCGGAUCCUAAUGGCUUUUCUCAUCUGACGCGCGAGGAUUUCUGGACAACACCUCGACAGAUUUUGUAUUUACUCUAGCAUCACACAUAAAACAUAAACAUGAUUUUUAAAUCAUUCCAUAAGCGGAAAAGACUACAUACAUGUGCAGGAGUGCUAUGGCUGCAUACUUCGCUUUGGAUUUUAUGUGCCGUGUCCGGAGAAGAGCAUCGCUUCAGCGUGGAGGCUUGGCUGCAGAAGUAUGGCUAUCUCCCCCACACAGAACCUGGAAUGGCUGCGUUGCGCUCAGCGCAGACCAUGCAUUCAGCCAUUGCUGCCAUGCAACGCCUUUAUGGCCUUAAUGUCACUGGGACACUGAACAGAAACACCAUAAGCUGGAUGAGAAGGCCUCGGUGCGGAGUCCCGGACCAGCUCAGGGACGUGUCCAGUUCCGGCUCCCGGUCCCGCAAGCGGCGCUACGCCCUGACGGGCCAGAAGUGGCAGCAUGCGCACAUCACAUACAGCCUAAAGAAUUUCACACCCAAGGUGGGAAACCAAGAGACACACGCCGCCAUUCGCCGGGCGUUCGACGUGUGGCAGGGCGUGACGCCGCUGCGCUUCGAGGCAGUGCCGUACAGCGCUCUGGAGAGUGGCAAGCGAGAGGUGGACAUCACCAUCAUCUUUGCCUCAGGUUUCCAUGGCGACAGCUCCCCCUUUGACGGCGAGGGGGGCUUCCUCGCUCAUGCCUACUUCCCGGGCCCUGGCAUCGGCGGGGACACCCACUUCGACUCGGACGAGCCUUGGACCCUUGGAAACCCUAACCAUGAUGGCAAUGACCUCUUCCUGGUAGCAGUGCAUGAGUUAGGCCACGCUCUUGGACUGGAACACUCCAACGACCCCACUGCCAUCAUGGCCCCCUUUUAUCAGUACAUGGACACAGAGAGCUUCAAGCUACCGCAUGAUGAUCUACAAGGCAUUCAGAAGAUCUAUGAUACUGGAGAUAUAAUGAGGAAUUGAGGACCAUGGAUCCUGGCUACCCCAAACCCAUUACUGUUUGGAAGGGUAUCCCAGAAUCCCCACAGGGCGCCUUUGUGGACAAAGCAAAUGGAUUUACGUAUUUCUAUAAGGGGAAGGAGUAUUGGAAGUUCAACAACGAGAGGCUACGAGUAGAGCCGGGCUAUCCACGCUCCAUCCUGCGCGACUUCAUGGGCUGCGACCACAUCCCCAUCGACCCAGACACGGACUGGGCGCCGCCGCAGCAGGAGGAGCACCAGUACGACCCCGAGGACAUGGACGUCAUCAUCAAGCUAGAGAGCGCGGCCGGCGGCACUGAGAAAGCGGUGGCCAUCGCCAUCCCCUGCAUCCUGGCGCUGUGUAUGAUGGUCCUCCUCUACACCGUGUUCCGUUUCAAGAGGAAGGACACCCAGCGCCACAUACUGUACUGCAAGCGCUCUAUGCAGGAGUGGGUGUGAGAGUGGGACGGCUGCACCACGCGGAGGAGCAGAGUUGUCCAUCCAAGUGCCCCCACACACACACACACACACACACACACACACACUCCCCACACACACACACAGUCUCACCCGCCCAAUGUCCGUCCCCCAAUCCCCCUACCCCAGGUUAAGACCACCUAGCUGCUCUUGCUGAUUGGGUGUUUAGCAGCUGGCAGAGUAGUCUUGCCAUGGAAUCUUUGGGUUUAGGCUAGGUCAGGUCAUUUGGUGUGAAGACCAGGCCGUGCUGGUUGACUGUGGACAGGAAUGGGAUUCCGUCUUUUGGGAUGAAGGUGUUGGCUCUUCCUUCCAAAUACGAGGAAAAGACCUGAGUGUGCAAAGCCAUGUUGGACCUACGGCUUUCUUCAAAAUGAAACGACUACACUGACAAUAAAGAGCUGAAGACAGGACUUCUCUCUCUUCUGUACACUGUAGGUACAUCAUUUUGAGUGUGGGCUUGAGUGUCCCUCUAAAAACUGUGGAUGCAGACUGACAACUGAACCAAAUAUGACCUUACUUUCCAAAGAGGAUUGCUUUCGUUUUAUGUUUCUCUCAUCGAUGCUUAUUAUCGUCUCAUUUUAUUGUAUUUUUUUGUUUAUCUUUGCUCUUGCCUGAGGUAGUAACUGAGAGCUGGAGAUUGUAGACUGUUGAAGGAGUCUGUCAAAAACAGGUCCAAACUCUACCUGCAAUAUUUUUUGAAUGCCUUAAAUUCACAAAUUACUUUAUUCUGUGUAUAUCUCUAAGUGUAUUUAUGUAGAUUGACAUUUUGUGUCACAGUGUGUAUAUACAGUAUGCAGUGUGUGUGUGUGUGUGUGUGUGUGUGUGUGUGUGUGUGUGUGUGUGUGUGUGUGUGUGUGUGUGUGUGUGUGCGCGUGCGCGCGCAUGCUCCACAAGGUGAGCUAUUCAGAUGGAAGAUUUUACUGUAUAGGUUACCUCACCUCUGACUUGCUGUUCCUCGGAGCAGUCCAGUGGUUUAGGGUGUUAAUUAGCACACUACAAGUGCAUAAGGAUCAGCCAGGUAAUCAGUGAUCAGUAGAAUCGUAAGCACCAACACCUUUAGCCUUGUUGCCAUCUGGAGGAAAGAUAAAAGGCUUUCAUUCUCUAGUGACUCAUGAUGUUUAUUGUUCAGUCUCUUAAUGCAGAAAUAUGAUGGAGAAGUUAUUCAUCAUGGAUACAAUGCACUUGUAUAGUGCUAUGAUACAUAUACAAACAGACAAAUCCCAGUAAUUAUGCAUGAAGUCAGAUUUCAAUUGUUUCAUGCCUCAUAAUAAUUUCAUGACGAGUUGAUAAUUCAUAACUUGCUUUGUCUCGAAAGCAAAGCUGACAUAAUGGGUGUAGUGAAGAAUAGUACAAAUGACUGUUAUAGAAAAUACUGGACAGAAAAAAAACAUUCCUCAUGGUUUGUGUUUAAAUGUGAAUAGAAAGAAAUAUUAUAUUAUAAAAAUCAACUUCUCCAGGUAGAACAUACUUUUUAACGUGGGAGCAGAAUGAUAUGCACUGGUCAGUUGCCUUCCUUUAUAAAAAAUCAUUUAGCAUUUGAUAUGUUUUAGAAAAUCAAACUAACCGAUUCAUAUCAGUUUUUUUUUGUAACUCUGCAUUAUAAGACUAAAUAGAAAUAGCAAUCCUCUAACAUGAUCAUGUGCGGUGUACUUAGAAUCCAGACGUCUCUUGGUCACACACCCAAAUGAAUGUGUGAAUUUCAUUUUGUGUGUGAUGUUUACUUAUGUUUUUUGAACGUGAGGAACCUACUCCAUUUUGCCUUGCAACUCAGUGAGUACUGUACAUGUAUAUUUGAACAUGUUGUAAAUAUUUCAUGUAGUGUAGACUUGAUAUGAAUAGGUGUGUGGCAGGCUGUCAGUGGAGUAUGAGAGAAGUCUUCUGCCAUACAGACGACCUAUUCAACAUCACUGUUGACAUGUGGCAUUGCAGACAUAAUCCACAAAACUUGCUGAUGCCCUUUAUGGAUGUUGUCAUCAUUUGAUUCUGAUUUUUAUUUAUUAGACUUAGUGAAGGAUGUUUAAUGAGCCAAAAUAGUUCAAUAAAUGUCAGAUGUUAAUAUAAAA